AACGACCUGGGAGGCUGCAAUGGGACCUCCUCCAUGGCUGUGAUCAAAGAUUACUAUGCACUGAAGGAGAAUGAAAUCUGUGUGAGCCAAGGUGAGGUGGUCCAGGUCCUUGCCGUCAACCAGCAGAACAUGUGCCUGGUGUUCCAGCCUGCCAGCGACCAUUCCCCCGCAGCUGAGGGCUGGGUCCCGGGCAGUAUUCUGGCGCCCCUCACCAAAGCCACAGCAGCAGCAGAAAAUAGUGACGGGAGCAUCAAGAAGUCAUGUUCAUGGCAUACUCUACGCAUGAGAAAGCGGGCAGAAGUGGAGAACACGGGUAAAAAUGAAGCCACAGGGCCUCGUAAACCCAAGGAUAUUCUGGGCAACAAAGUCUCUGUUAAAGAGACGAACAGUUCCGAGGAGUCAGAAUGUGAUGAUCUUGACCCUAAUACUAGCAUGGAGAUCUUAAAUCCAAAUUUCAUCCAAGAAGUGGCCCCAGAAUUCCUUGUGCCCUUAGUGGAUGUGACCUGCUUGCUUGGGGACACAGUGAUACUGCAGUGCAAAGCCUGUGGGCGGCCAAAGCCCAUCAUCACCUGGAAGGGUCCAGACCAGAAUAUCCUCGACACUGACAACAGCUCAGCCACAUACACUGUCUCCUCCUGUGAUUCCGGGGAAAUCACCCUGAAGAUCUGCAAUCUGAUGCCCCAAGACAGUGGGAUUUAUACCUGUAUAGCAACAAAUGACCAUGGGACCACAUCAACAUCUGCUACAGUUAAAGUGCAAGGUGUUCCAGCAGCCCCGAACCGCCCCAUUGCCCAGGAGAGAAGCUGCACCUCCGUAAUUCUCCGCUGGCUGCCCCCGUCCAGCACGGGCAACUGCACUAUUUCUGGUUACACUGUGGAGUACAGAGAGGAAGGUUCCCAGGUCUGGCAGCAGUCGAUAGCUUCCACCUUGGACACUUAUCUGGUCAUCGAAGACCUUAGUCCUGGGUGUCCUUAUCAGUUCAGAGUCAGCGCCAGUAAUCCCUGGGGAAUCAGCCUUCCCAGCGAGCCAUCAGAGUUCGUGCGACUUCCGGAAUACGAUGCUGCUGCUGAUGGUGCCACCAUUUCAUGGAAGGAAAACUUUGAUUCUGCUUAUACUGAACUGAAUGAAAUUGGACGAGGCCGUUUCUCCAUAGUAAAGAAAUGCAUUCACAAAGCCACCCGCAAGGAUGUGGCUGUGAAAUUCGUUAGCAAAAAAAUGAAGAAGAAAGAGCAGGCUGCCCACGAGGCCGCCCUCCUGCAGCACCUGCAGCACCCGCAGUACAUCACUCUCCACGACACCUAUGAGUCCCCCACAUCCUACAUCCUGAUUUUGGAAUUGAUGGAUGAUGGCCGGCUCUUAGACUACCUAAUGAAUCAUGAUGAGCUGAUGGAGGAAAAAGUAGCUUUCUACAUCCGAGACAUCAUGGAAGCCCUGCAGUACCUUCACAACUGCAGGGUUGCACAUUUGGACAUAAAGCCUGAAAACUUGCUCAUUGACCUACGAAUUCCGGUGCCUCGAGUGAAGCUUAUUGACUUGGAGGAUGCUGUCCAGAUCUCAGGUCACUUCCACAUCCACCAUCUGCUGGGGAAUCCUGAGUUUGCUGCCCCAGAAGUGAUCCAGGGCAUCCCCGUCUCUCUGGGCACAGACAUCUGGAGCAUUGGGGUUCUGACAUAUGUCAUGCUGAGUGGGGUCUCCCCUUUCUUGGAUGAGAGCAAAGAGGAGACGUGUAUCAAUGUCUGCAGGGUGGAUUUCAGCUUCCCGCAUGAAUAUUUCUGUGGUGUGAGCAAUGCCGCAAGAGAUUUUAUCAAUGUGAUCUUACAGGAAGACUUCCGGAGGCGGCCCACGGCAGCCACUUGCCUGCAGCAUCCAUGGCUGCAGCCCCACAAUGGCAGCUACUCCAAGAUCCCCCUGGAUACCUCCCGCCUGGCGUGCUUCAUAGAGCGCCGCAAGCACCAGAAUGACGUCCGACCGAUUCCCAACGUCAAGAGCUACAUUGUCAAUCGGGUGAACCAAGGGACGUAGCCAUCUCCCAGCCUGUGAGGUUUCACAUAGAAAUGCAGUGUGAACCAAAGCAAGACUGAAUGUGACUGUAAAUAAUUCUGUCCAUUUUUUCACUCCACGUGGUUCUCUGGAUUGAGAGAUGUACCUCUAAAAGCUUGUCAGUGGUUAUUCAGGGUCUGAGCAGCAGUAAAAGUCACCCUACAUCCAGGGACUUUCCAAAAGGUCAUUCUGAAGAAAUGAAGAUGCAAAGAGUCACAGAAAGAGUUAAAAAGAAGGGCAAGGUUAACAAGAAUAUAAGCUGUUAUAAUAUUUUAACUGUAUGUUCCAGAAUGAGUGGUUUACUGGGCAAAUCUUAAGCUCACUAUAGUAAGUAUAAAAGGUUUCUGCCUUUGCCGAAAUUUUAAGCAAAAAUUCUAUUUAAUAGACAUGUCAUGUAUAUCAACUAUUCUGGUUUAGGUAACUUAGAUAUAGUUUCUUAAUAGGAUGCAUAUACACAUACAGUAUAACAUAUCCCAUUCAGGUUCCAGAGUUUUAUAAUAUAGAUAUAUAUAUGAAAUCAUAAGUAAGUAAAUUUGAGUGCUACAGUUAAGACAGUAAUUUAUUUAUCGAAGCAUUACAUUGUUUUGACUAAGCACAAUUAGAUGACAAUUUUUUAGAGCAUUUUAUAAAUCUUGUAUAGAAAUCUUUUACCAGAACCUGUGGAUUAAGAGAAAGCAAUGUUACCCUUUUCAAUCUGUGAAUGGGAAGAUUUUUCUCUUAGUCACAGAUUAUUUGACUAAGAUAAAUUCUGUAUAUGAAAUGCUACCCCCAAAUUCACUGGCAGCUCUGAGAUAAUCUGGCAGGAAAGCCUGCCAGGAAAUGAGUCUAAAUACAGUAAGAGUUGUGGGACUAUUUUUAUGUCUACACCUGGUUUGAAAUAGGUAAAUGAAUAUAACAGGUUCAUACAAAAGGGCAAAUAGAAACCUUUCCUAUAGUUCCUAUGAACAACGUACCAACACUUUCUGAUUUCUUCUACAGCUGUAGAAUACAGUCUUCAGAAAGCUGGCUUGCUUUAUUUCUAUACCCUUAUUGUAGGUAAGGGGUGCUUACCAAAAGGAGGCAGCCAUAUAGGCCUUUUAAAUGCCUGGUCCUAAGUGCUUUUUGAAGCCAUGGAGCAAAACCUGAUACAUCACCCUAACAGAGCAUUGAGUUUUAACUGAGAUUGCAAUACCUGUCACCACUCAGCCACCAAUAUUUCUCUGGACUAAAAGGACUAAUUGUAUUAAUUGCUGAUUUCUGGUGUAUAUUCUCCAUACAGGAUUAUUAUUAACUGCUCUUUUUCCCUCUGAUGGGAAAACUAUUAAACCUGGGCAUUUCA